CUGUCUCCUGAAGCAACCCUGAGGUUUCCACACAUGUGGAUCACCUUUUACAGUCAGUUGCUGCCCACUGCCUGCUGUAGAUGUUUUACCAGAGGAAGGAGGGGAGAGGAACUGGAUACUUGGCAGUAGGGACUGUUGAGGGGAGGAGAAGGUUGGUGAAACUCCCAGAUUUGUGUACUUAAAGGGAGAGUGAGUGCUCAGUGGAGACGAGACCCACACUUGAACUGCCCCAACACAGCUGGAGAAGGACAGAAAGGGAGGGAGGGAGGGAAGGGGAAGGUUGUUUCAAAAUAGAAGGCGUCGCUGAAAUAACAGUGAGAAGAUUUUGGGCUGAGCUUUCACAGAUUUUAGGAUGGCAUUUGGGAGAGGAGGCCAGAGCAGGCAGAGCUACCUCAGUCUCUUAACACCAAUGGAGGGAGAGAGAUCUGGCGCUCCCCUGACUGUGUGAUGUAGCCAUAGCAGACUCCUUUCUCCCCAUGCCCUGCGUGCCACAGAGGGCCAAGCCCUAGACCCUGCAACCUGGCAUGGAAGACCAACCCUCCUCCAGCCCCAGCCCGGAGCCUGCCACCUCAACUCCUACCCCCACCUCGCCCCCCCCUUUCCCCCUUAGCCAGCUCCUGUUCCAGCAGCAACCCGGGCCCCCGGGCUCAGCUGUGUCGGCCCUGCAGUCCAAGGUCAAGGCCCUGUCUGAACGCAACAAGGCUACAGGGAGGGAGGCUUUCAAGGCAGGCAUGGAUAAGAAGGCCUUUCCUGUGUCUUCUUCCCGAUUUGGUCCUGUCCUGGUGAGCUGGGGCUCAAGUAGUAGCGACGACGAUGCAGAAUCCCAGGGUUCCACGCUCCACCCAGUGGUGCCAGACAGCCUGAUGGAGGGGGUGGGGACGGGUGGGUUGGACUUCAGCCUGCUUGCGCUCCCACAUGGGCUGGGUGAGGGCUCCAGCCUGGAGAACCUGUCUGAUGGUAGCGCCAACUCUAGUCCCCUUGCGGAUAAUGUUAGCGCCGCUAAUGCUAAACCCUGUGUCCCUCUCAAGGGGUUCUGGAAGGCCACCAGGCCCGAAACGCUACUGCUGAACGGAGACGCUCCUCAGGCCCCAGACAGGCCUUUGGCCGGGUUCCCUGGGGGCCAGCAGAGGAAAGCCAGGGCCCACGGCGGGGUGGGAAGGGAGCUGCUACGCCGUGACAGCCUGGAGGGUCUGAGGCGGUGUAUGGGCGAACUGGGGCCCCAAGGGCCAAUAGGGGGCCUGUGGAGGGCUGACAGCCUGGAGAGUCUGUGCAGCAGUGGGAGUGCCAUAUCUCUAGCAGAGAGAGUGGAGAUGAAUCGGGGCGUCCUCAAGCAGAUGCUGAAUAAGAGCCAGGGACCAGAGCCAGGGAGCCUCAGGCCUCUGCUCUCUGGAGCCUCGGUCCUCUGCUCUCUGGAGAGGGAGCAGAGUGCCGAGGAGGUGACCCAGUGCAAUGGGAGAGGUUUCAUUGCACUGAAUGACAGUGACUGGGAUUCAGGAAUCUCCCUCCAAGACAGCGAGCACAGCCAAAGGGCCUUUGUGUCCAGCGAGGACCUGCCGCUGAGUCCGCGCCAUGAGCAGGCCAAGCGGCUCCUGGAGAGAGCCCGCAUGAAGGCCCGGUCCUUCCCCCUCAAGGCUGACCACACCAUCCUACCCGUCCAGAGGGACAACCCGGAGCAGCUGUCGACGGCUGGAGCUUCCUUGCACCGGGCUCCGCUGGCGGGGAAGGACGGCCAGUCGGUGUCGUCAACGACGGUUCCUGCAGUUACCUCGUUCUCGGGAAACCUCAGUGACUCCUCCAGCAGCGACUCGGCCUGUGGCCCCCGCCGACGUCCCGGCCAAUCACCGACGCGGGUCCGCUUCGAGGACGAAUCGGAGAAAGACGCGGAGGUGCGUUACUUGGAGAGGCUCCGUCAGAGAAGGAGGGCGGGUGAGAGGGCCCAGGGUCUUCUUAUAUCCAAGCCCAAUCUCUCUUCCUAUGUCAACGGGCGGAGGGAAACUGAUCCAGGAACUGGAACAGUGAUCGAGCGAGGGCACAAGAAGGCCCACAGGGCACAGGAAGGCCACUUAACCUUUGGCAGCCAUUUCAAAUCCGUGGUGGCACAAGAGGAGGCGCUUAACAGGCAGUGCAACUCAUGCGGAACGUUCCUUGAAGGAGGGGUCCUGAACCCAAACCUCCAUCGGAACCUUACAUCCCUGAACCUCCCUCAGAACCCUUCACCCCCAAUAGGGCAGAACAACCCGGUGAACAGAGAGGGGGAGGAGAAGGUGCUGAUGCCUUGCUGGGUGGCUCCCAGCGAGCCCAGCCGGACAGUUCGUACCGAGCUGAUCAAGGAGACAUACAUUGGGAAGGUAACCCCUGGCGAUGUGGCAGAUAGCGAAGGGACGGGCCACGGCUCGGUGGGAGAGACGGAUAGCAGCAGUGGUGGUGGUGGAGGUGGUGGGAGUGUUCGAGUGUCAACAAUGAAGGUGAAGAGGAGGAGUAGGAGAGGUGAGCUUUUGGGCACCAAUGGGCAAGGAGCACCCAACACGAUGCCACCAACGCCACCAGCACCCAGGCCCAAUCACAGCUUGGCGCCGAUGAGCUCAACCAAUGGUAUUGUGGCGGUGCCACCCAACCCGUACCCCAUUGAGCAACCAGAGUCAAAGGUGGUGGGUUUUCCCACUCACUCCCCUGCGCCCCCAGAUGAACCCAUAAACAGUCCCCCGUGCCUCAAGGGCGCCCCCUUUCCCCCUUCCCCAACGCCCAUCAAAUCAGCUCUGAAAUCAGGACCCAAGAGUCGGCCCAAUAGCCAGCGAGUGGUCAAACUCAUGCCUUCACCACAGUACCACCUUUUGCCCCAGAACUCCUUGGAGGACCAUGGGAGAGGGGCCGCGCCUAGCACCCAGAACAAGCACUCUGUCGGAGGGAACUUCGUGGAGUAUGGUUCCUCUUUGGGGCUGACUUCCAGCACCGACACAAUGAUGCCCUGUAUCAGGCCUGCCUCCCUGCUGAAGACCUCUCCAUCGCCAGCUAGGACAGCAGCAGAGAAGAUGGGGGACCCUGCGGCACCAGAAGUGGAGCAGCAUCAUCCAGGGAUGGGAGAGCUCUGUCUUGAAGGAACCAGCAUCAUUACCCCGCCCCCGUACCGCUCUGGGGGUGAUGUACAGGUCAGGGGACCAAUGAGAGCAGAGCAUCAAAGGGAGGACAGCCCUAGUCCAACUCAGAGGAUAAGCGCAGAGACAGAGCAGCGGGAGGGCAGGUCCAAGCUCUCUCUGCGUCGUUUCUUCUCCGCCAUCGGCCUAAACGGAGUGGGGAAGCUGGGUAAAGGGCGCUCCAGUAGCAUGGAGCAGCUUAGCUUCCAGCCCCGUGGCCUCCCCGCGGCCUCUCCUGGCCCCACCCCCAGUCCCAGCCUCGGCACCCCCAAGUGCCCAGACCCCAGCCAGCUGAGGAAAGCACCUUCGCUCCAAUCCCUACGCAUGGGGUCCCCCUUUAUGCAGCUGAGGAAAUCGUCAUCAGUCCAGAAUUUACAGUCGUCAAAGAAGAAAGAUCGCUCCAGUGCAUACACACCUGGAGACCAACCCAGCAGCCCUGCUCUCAGUAGGGGAUUUCAGAGGGCUCUGAGUGUGGAGGAUGUGGGCUGCCCUAGCGGGGUGCGCUCUGUGGGGAGGGUGGCCCAAGCCUUCCCUGAUGGGACCCUCCUGCUGGAGCUUAGCAGACCCCCCAACGGACCAUUCGGCUUCCUCAUCUCCCGGGGCAAAGGACGACCAGACUCGGGUGUGUACGUGGAGGAGAUGGGCGACAGCAGCACAGAGAAGCUGUACGCGGGGCUUUUGGGAGUGGGAGACGAGCUGCUGGAGGUGAACGGUGAGAAGGUGGCUGGUCUCAGUCUGGACCUGGUGACAUGCCUAAUGACCCAGGACAACAUAGCCUCUAUCCGCGUGCUGCGACACAGGAGACUCCCCCCUCCUCGUUAGGCAACCUGAGGACCGCCGGUUACAGUGGAGACACCAUGGCAACCGGCAAUGCCAUGGAAACCGGCAAUGUCAUGGCAACCACAGACGCCAUGGCAACCAUUGACGCCACAGCAACCACAAACCCCAUUGGAACCUGGGGUGUUGGGGGUAUGACAGAGGGACAGUGUGUGUGAUCGGCUUUAUGACUGUGGCUAUUUCUAUGCCUGCUUGCUUUGACAGUAGCAAUAAUGUCCUCUCUAAAUAGAGCAUUAUUCUUCUGAAGACACAUCAAGAUGUUUGACACGAUUGGCUCUCCUAUAUGGGUCACAUGGAGUUGCUAUAAGAGCAGUAGCUGUCUCAUGUUUCCUCAUGUCCUGUUAUGUUUCCUCAUGUUGUGUUGUGUUUUUUCCUCGAGUUCUUUGGCGUCAGGUGCUCCUUACCUUACCUCUUUUUAAAACACAGCAGUACAAAACAUUUUCUUUUAUCAUUACAGGUAAUGCACAAAGGUUUCAGCAGCUCACACAUCAAUAAUACAGUCUAGUAGGAGAUCCUCUGUUAAAUACCUCAUAACAAUCUCCUACAGUAUUAUUCCAUGCAUCUUUAUGCAAUUAAAUCAUGUUUUUAUUGUGGUUAUUGAUUUAGUCAGAAACCAGAUCUGGAUUUGUGUGGAUUAGCAACAGAGAUGACAUGAAGCAUCUCAAAAGUGAUACCAUUUAAACAAACCUAGCAGUUUGCAGUCUCUUCGAGUCCAAGAUGCUAAUUUUGCCUAGCCAGCCUUGUGGAGUGAAUGGAACUAUGGGACAUAAUCCUCACUGAAAAAGAAGACUGAGUUUUCAGUCUUGGACUAGUAACAAACGUACGUCUUGGAUAUGAACUGAAGCACUAUGGAGAUGAAGUACUCUGGAUAGCACAGAGUAGAUGAAGUCUUACAAGAAAUGAAGGAGUCGAUGUCUUGAGUUCGGAAGUCUAGUCAAGAAUAAGUCACAUUUCUCUAUAGUCUCUUCCAAUGGUGUGUCCUGUUUACUGCAAUAGCUACAAGGAACUAGCCCGGGUGCCAGUCUAGCUGUAACCAGCUUGUCUUUGACCAUGUUUGUGUUGUUGAAUGCAGAAAAAGUCAGGCACCCAGGCUAAAAAGGUACGACUUACUCCAAAGAAUGGGAUGAGAAUAAGGUGUCACAACUAUCUACAUUUUGUCAAUUGUCACAGUAAUAACGAACUUGAAAAUGACCGCGUUUCAAAACCCAACACGCAUGGCCUCAAACUUACAUUUUGUUUGUCUUCCUCGGUCCUAAUGGAUCAACAACACUAUCCAUGCUGUCUUGAUUGUACCGAAGGAUCAUCCACUUUCCUCUCUGCUUGUGUGCGUUUGCCAAACAAAGUAGAAUCAAUAUUUGUUUACAUUUUACAAUAUAAAUGCGCAGUACCCAAAUAGGAUUAAGUUCCCCUAUCAAUCAGAAGGUCACGGUUGUGACUGAAAAGCAUCCACUUUUAUCAGUAGCCGGGUCCCAGAUCUGUUAAUGCCAUCUUGCCAACUCAUACGGUCAUUGUCACGCCUGAUCUGGGACCAGGCUAUCUUAUCAUCGGUCCUUUAUUAGGUCAUUCCUGGUUGGUUUUCAGUCACACUGAUGUUGUCAGUCAGAGUUAUGAAUUUAGGAUUUGUCCGGCAAUGGACAAAGUCCUUUCCAAUGCUGCUGAUUAGUUUUUUUGUUAAUGUCAUUACAAGACUGCAUUUUACACAAAGCAAUAACUGCCAAAGUGUUUGGUUGAUUGUCUAAAGAAAGACAUUGUAAAACCAUAAGGUCAAACCAUUGGGUUGUAAACGAUGAGAAAGUAGAUCCGAGAAGUUGAUGAUGAGAAUUCCGACAGGCCCAUUUGGAAAAUGUGUAGUAAAUUAUUUGGACCUUUCAACAGUAAACACGUGGUACUAGAGGUCAUUACAUGCGUGUGACCGUGACGAUAGGAAAGUAUCGACAUUUGAGGAGUCAUUCCACAUCCUUCAUCAGUAUUAAAGUGUGCACAGAACAGAGACUUUUCACUGUCAUUCAAUAUAUGUAUUUUCUUAUUUAUUUAUAUCUAUGGUUCAAAUAAAAGAAUGUGAACUACC